AGAGUAGCUAUGAUUAACCCAAAAGAAGGCGAGCGGCCGCCAACCAAGCGACCCAAGGCCAAGGUCAUUAGACCACUUGGUUACGUGUAAGCCUGAAUACCCCCUCGUCUGAGUCGACCCCGACAUUCAUACGUGCUAGGGAACGGUACGAAGCGGCUAUGCAUUCGUUAGGCCUUUACCACAGCUCUAUGGUUACAUGUCGGUACUCCAUUCCCACAAUCCUCUCGGUAGGGUUAGAUGAGGAUCCGGAUUUGCAUACAAAGCUGGAACGGAAGGUCGAAUUAGCUAUCGCCCAAGUCGUCUCAGAUCACCCGUUCUUACGGGUCGGGCUACGCGGUGAGCACGAGCGUAAGCCGGCAUUCGUCGAACUCGAGGCCGUCGACUUUCGCCGCCAUGUCGAGUGGCGCUGCUUCGCCAAGACGGCAGAGUAUGAAUCCGAGCUUUUGGAGUUGAUUGAAAGUCGACUCAACAUCAAAGUCCCGCAGCCAGAAGACAGGCCGUCAUGGCGGAUUCUCGUGCUACGUGUCGAAGGCGAACGGGUUUUGGAUGUCGUGUUCGAGUGGGGACACGCGCAUAUCGACGGGAUGAGCGCCAAGAUGUUCCACGAAAAUCUGCUUCGGAACCUGAACGGCGACUUUGCGCUGGAAGAAUUCCGAGACCGAGUCCUCACGAUCCCGCCCUCCAAGCGGAGGGAUCUGCCCCCGUCGUUACAUGCGUUGACCAAAUUUCCCAUCACGCCGGGCUACGCGCUGGCGACGCUGUGGGAUGAGUUCAAGCCGCCGCGGCUAGCAUCCAUCUCGAAGUCAGGGCUACACGCCACGUGGGCGCCAAUUCAGCUACAGCCGUACGUGACGCAAUACCGGCACUUUAGUGUCGACAACGAUCCACUCCAGAACGUUCUGGCUACCUGCCGGAAUCAUAAAACAACGUUGACGGGACUGAUACAAUCCAUCGCGCACCUAAGCCUAGCGACACGGUUAUCAGCCGAGGAGGCGCGCGGGUUCCUUAGUUGCACCAUAAUAAACCUAAGGCCGCUCAUGGGCAUGCCGGAGGCAAAAACGAAGAUAUCCAAGUUGUCGGGCAUAGAUCCGAAGAAGACCAUGGGAAACUUUAUGACGUCGCUGGACCACGAGUUCGAUGCGAGGUGGGUUGCUAAGAUUAGGACAGCCAAUAUGUCUCAAGUUGGGCAUUUGGGACCAGGCGAAGGAGGAGACAGAGGAGGACUCGAACCACUCAUCUGGGAAACCGCGGAGAGAACCCGCACGGCCAUACAGAAGCGACUAGAUGACGGAACCAAGAACGACGUAAUGGGGUUGAUCAAGUUUAUUCCUGACUACCGGGCUCUGUUUAAGGAAUGGGCGAAAAAGCCUAGAGGCCAUUCCGUUACCGUAACGAAUUUGGGAGUAAUCGACGGCAAUCCCCAUAAUAACAUACCUGGUGACAUUAGUACUACCGAAGAUGCAGACGGGAAGUGGAUUAUUGAGCGAGCGAUAUUCUCCGUUAGCCCCGAGGCUCAAGGUGCGGUGUUAUGUAUCUGCCCUAUUGCCGUGAAGGGUAGGGAGUUGUACGUAUCGUGCGACUGGCAGGAUUGCGCGGUGGACCCAGCCCUGGCACAGGGGGUCAUGUCUGAUUUGGAAUCGUGGUUGCGAUUUAUCGGAAAGGAGACAUAGGGGAGAUAUCUCUUGUCGUGGCUUGCGAAGACUGCUACGUAAGCAUUACUCCUCCUUUAUCCCGACCUCGGCCAAACUCCCGUGAAGACGCCGCUAGAGCUAUGCAAUAAGAAGCUAUGGGCAUCGAAUCAUAGCUGGCUCUAACGACCA